CUCCAACAUACAUAACCUAACUUUUUCAGACAACUUUUUACUUAAAAUUUAAACCGCUUUUACGCUUCACACACAAAAUGAUGAACAUCUCAAAGACUUUAUUACGAAGAGGGUUGCCUCAAGCUAACAUAACCUCAAACAUCCUCCUCUCAACCGCAACCAUCGACGACAAAAUCGAAAUCCCUAAACGCAUCCCGCGUGGCCCCACCGACAUUCUGCGUGCCUUGGAGAGCACGGUGGGUCGAGACCCCACAGCCGCCCAUUACAAGUACCAUGAUGACCCGUAUCUCAUCCCAUUGUCGUCCAGCGGCAAGCGCAUUUUCGCCAUGGCCCAGGAAGCCGGGAGGAAAGCGGCUCAUUGGGUUCGUCAAGAACAUGCUGAUCUUUUUCAGCACCGAGAGGCUGAUCCGGUGAUUGAGGCGUUUGUGCCCCCUAUGGUGUACACUGAGGAGAGUGAGGUGGCUGUGGCUGAUUUGGAGAAGUUGAUUGAGAUGAGGCAGGUGGUGGAUUCUGCGGUUGUGUAUAGGGUGUUGAAGGAGAAAAAUGUGGAGGUUGCACAGGAGCUGGAACAGGGGUUGUUGGAGUUGCUUUGUUAUCAGAAUUGUGAGGAUGGGGUUUCCGAGGAGUUUGUGGAAGAGAGGUGGUUUAGACAGGCUAGUAAGGGGAAAGAGUUUGUUAAGAAAACGUGGAAAGACGGCGACUUAGCGGAACAAAUUUUCACAAAAAUGACCCCAAAAACUCCAGAGUCGUACUGCGCGAUAAUCCAAGGAAUGUCGAAGUACCGCCAAAUGGACCGAGCUGUCCAGCUAUUCGAGGAAGCCCAAAAAUCCAACAUCCCCCUUAACACCAACACCUACAACUCUCUAAUUCAAUCAGUCAACAUGAUCAAAGAGAACUUCGACAUGCGAUGGUCCUUGCUCGCAGAUUUCCUCACCCAAAUGAAAAACAGCAACUUGAAACCCAACCUGGGAACACUCAACGCCAUUUUGUACGCUUUAAGCUUCAUGGGGAACCCCAAACGGGCCAAAGAGUAUGUCCUUCAGACUCUCGCUGAGUUUAAAAAUUUGGGGAUCGAGCCGUCGUUGGGGUCUUGGUACUACGUUAUUCUAACGUUUUGCAAAGAACGAGGGCCAGUGAGUACCAUUCUACACGACAUUAUCAACCACCUGGAAGAUAAAGAGCACCAAAUUCGCGAUUUAAAAGACACUCAUUUUUUUGUUACUGCUAUGGAGAUGGCCAGACACCACUUGAACGAUGUCGCUUUGGCCAGACGUAUCGAUAAAUUGUUGAAUUAUGGUGACAACUAUAACCUCAUUGGGGAUUCCUACAAAGAAUCAGUUUAUUUCCGCCACUACUUCGCGCUACUUUGCGAUAAUCUACCACUAGAAGAGUUCAUGAAUGACGUUUACUUUAAGCUCGUGCCCCACAUUUACGUCCCUGAAGUGGGAAUAAUGGCUGAGGUUUUAAACCAAGUCGACGUCAACGGAGCCGUCGAAUACAUACCAAAGCUGUGGUCUGACUUAAUCGUUUUUGACCAAUCACAUCGUGAGAAUUUAGUGGACUGUAUUUUAAACACCAUGGUGAACAACGAGCAGUUGGUGACCCCCGAAUUGACCGAAAGCUUUGCAAAAAUCGCCUGGGACAUCUACUCGAGGUCGAUAAAUGAAGAGGAAGGUCGAGUUCACAGGCUAAAUUUGACUGGAGAUUUACUAGGAAAGAUUUUGAUUCUGUUAGUGAGGCAAAAAGAUUUUGAGAAGGCUUGUAAAGUGAUGGACAGGCUUGAUAAAAAUCAGCAGACGAUUGCUGGGGUUCCAAAAAUUGAGGCGCUGGCACUUUUUGUGGAUUUGUGUAUUGAGGAAAAAGUGCCGUCGAGGGGAAUUGAUUGUAUACAGUAUUGUACGGAUUGUGGAUUUCCGGAGGCCAACUCGUUGGCGGUGAGGCUUCAUAAGGAACUCAAUUUGGAUGAGGUUUUCCUGGAGCGGUUAACGAAAGUUGUAGGAGAUGUUUUUAGUACGAGUUAAGGUGGUUAUGUUAUAGGAGAAAUAAAAGUUUUAGUAUU